AUGGUAAACAGCCUGCAGCACGCCCCACAGCCUGCAGCACGCCUGCCUCCCCCCCACAGCCUGCCUCCCCCUCACAGCCUGCAGCACAGCCUGCCUCCCCCCCACGCCCUGCCUCCCCCCACAGCCUGCCUCCCACCCACAGCCUGCAGCACGCCUGCCUCCCCCCCACAGCCUGCAGCACGCCUGCCUCCCCCCCACAGCCUGCCUCCCCCCCACAGCCUGCCUCCCACCCACAGCCUGCCUCCCACCCACAGCCUGCAGCACGCCUGCCUCCCCCCCCAGCCUGCAGCACGCCUGCCUCCCCCCCACAGCCUGCCUCCCCCCCACAGCCUGCCUCCCCCCACAGCCUGCCUCCCCCCCACAGCCCUGCAGCACGCCGCUGCCUCCCCCCCACUGCCUGCAGCACGCCUGCCUCCCACCCACCACGCCUACGCCUGCAGCACGCCUGCCCUCCCCCCCCACAGCCUGCAGCACGCCUGCCUCCCCCCCACAGCCCUGCCUCCUCCCCACAGCCUGCAGCAUGCCUGCCUCCCCCCCACAGCCUGCCUCCCCCCCACAGCCUGCAGAACGCCUGCCUCCCCCCACAGCCCUGCCUCCCCCACCCAGCCUGCCUACCCCCCCACAGCCUGCCUCCCCCCCACAGCCUGCCUCCCACCCACAGCCUGCAGCAUGCCUGCCUCCCCCCCACAGCCUGCCUCCCACCCACAGCCUGCAGCAUGCCUGCCUCCCCCCCACAGCCUGCCUCCCCCCCACAGCCUGCCUCCCCCCCCACAGCCUGCCUCCCACCCACAGCCUGCCUCCACCCACAGCCUGCAUUACGCCUGCCUCCCCCCCACAGCCUGCAGCACCCUGCCUCCCCCCCACAGCCAUCAGCACGCCUGCCUCCCCCCCACAGCCUGCAGCACGAGUGCCUCCCCCCCAACAGCCUGCCUCCCCCCCACAGCCAGCAGCACGCCUGCCCCCCCCUACAGCCAGCAGCACGCCUCCCUCCCCCCAGCCUGCAGCACGCCUGCCUCCCCCCCACAGCCUGCCUCCCCCCCACAGCCUGCAGCACGCCUGCCUCCCCCCCACACCCUGCCUCCCCCCCACAGCCUGCCUCCCACCCACAGCGCCUUCCUCCCCCCCACAGCCUGCCUCCCCCCCCAAGCCUGCAGCACGCCUGCCUCCCCCCACAGCCUGCCUCCCACCCACACAUGCAGCACGCCUGCCUCCCACAGCCUGCAGCACGCCUGCCUCCCCCCCAGCCUGCCUCCCCCCACAGCCUGCAGCACGCCUGCCUCCCCCCCCCACAGCCUGCAGACGCCUGCCUCCCCCCCACAGCCUGCAGCACGCCUGCCUCCCCCCACAGCCUGCCUCCCCCCACGGCCUGCAGCAACACUGCCUCCCCCCCACAGCCUGCACACGCCUGCCUCCCCCCCACAGCCUGCCUCCCCCCACAGCCUGCCUCCCCCCACAGCCUCGCCUCCCCCCACAGCCUGCAGCACGCCUGCCUCCCCCCACAGCCUGCCUCCCCCCCACAGCCUGCCUCCCCCCCACAGCCUGCCAGCACGCCAGCCCUCCCCCACAGCCUGCAGCACGCCUGCCUCCCCCCACAGCCUGCCUCCCCCCCACAGCCUGCCUCCCCCCCACACCUGCAGCACGCCUGCCUCCCCCCCACAGCUGCAGCACGCCUGCCUCCCCCCCACGGCCUGCAGCACACCUGCCUCCCCCCCACAGCCUGCAGCACGCCUGCCUCCCCCCCACGGCCUGCAGCACACCUGCCUCCCCCCACAGCCUGCAGCACGCCUCCCCCCCCCCACAGCCUGCCUCCCCCCCUUAGCCUGCCUCCCCCCCACAGCCUGCCUCCCACCCACAGCCUGCACGCCGCUGCCUCCCCCCCCACAGCCUGCCUCCCCCGACAGCCUGCCUCCCCCCCCCGCAGCCUGCUUCCCCCCCACAGCCUGCCUCCCACCACAGCCUGCCUCCCCCCACAGCCUGCCUCCCCCCCACAGCCUGCAGCACGCCUGCCUCCCCCCCACAGCCUGCAGCACGCCUGCCUCCCCCCCACGGCCUGCAGCACACCUGCCUCCCCCCCACAGCCUGCAGCACGCCUGCCUCCCCCCCACGCCUGCAGCACACCUGCCUCCCCCCCACAGCCUGCAGCACGCCUGCCUCCCCCCCACAGCCUGCCUCCCACCCACAGCCUGCCUCCCCCCCACAGCCUGCCUCCCACCCACAGCCUGCAGCACGCCUGCCUCCCCCCCACAGCCUGCCUCCCCCCGACAGCCUGCCUCCCCCCCACAGCCUGCCUCCCCCCACAGCUGCCUCCCACCUACAGCCUGCCUCCCCCACAGCCUGCAGCACGCCUGCCUCCCCCCACAGCCUGCAGCACGCCUGCCUCCCCCCCACAGCCUGCCUCCCCCCCACACCUGCCUCCCCCCCACAGCCUGCCCUAGCUGUGUAUCUCUGUGGUAUCUCUGUGAGUCUAACCCUGGCUGUGUAUCUCUGUGUAUCUCUUCCAACCCUAGCUGUGUAUCUCUGUGUAUCUCUGGUAUCUCUGUGAGUCAACCCUACUGCGUAUCUCUGUGUAUCUCUUCUAACCCUAGCUGCGUAUCUCUGUGUAUCUCAGAAGUGAAUCUGAGAUGA